AGCAUGGAAUUACCCUGCAAACAGGCAACUUCCCCUAAGAGAAAUUUAAGUGCACAGAAAUAGGGAUGGGCGCCCUGAGUGCAGACAGGGUAAAGAUAUGAGACAUGGAAACGGCUCCUAAGAGGAAAUGAUCCAGGAGGCUGGGAUAUGAUUAGAAAAUGAGAGGAAGGCUAAAGCUCCUUCAGCUUCUACUUGUUAUAGAAUAAUGAACCUCAUGAAGCUAAAUUCAAGUGAUGGAACUAAAUGAACACUGUCCUUAAAGAAAGGAAGUCUUUAUAGAAUAGUAGGAGGAGUAUCACUGAGAAUGUUCUUGUCUUGUCAUUAUCUUCUGCACCCUGAACAGGACUCCAUGUCCAGGAACCGCAGAUGCCCAACAGCAGCUCCAUCAGCGAGUUCCUCCUCCUGGCGUUGGCAGACACGCGGCAGCUGCAGCUCCUGCACUUCUGGCUCUUGCUGGGCAUCUACCUGGCUGCCCUCCUGGGCAACGGCCUCAUCAGCACAGCCGUAGCCUGCGACCACCGCCUGCACACCCCCAUGUACUUCUUCCUCCUCAACCUCGCCCUCCUCGACCUGGGCUGCAUCUCCACCACUCUCCCCAAAGCCAUGGCCAAUGCCCUCUGGCACACCAGGGACAUCUCCUACGCAGGAUGUGCUGCACAGGUCUUCUUCUUUGUCUUCUUCCUCUCGGCAGAAUAUUUUCUUCUCACUGUGAUGUCCUAUGACCGCUAUGUUGCCAUCUGCAAGCCCCUG